GGGAAAGAGAGAGAGAGAGAGAGAAAAAAAAACCAUGUUUACCAAACCGAAUAUGUUCUUUUUCUGCUUGUGCAGCUUCUGCGGCUUUCUCUUUCAACUCCAAGUCAGUCAAGCACAGUCUCCGCUGACCCAGAAUGUGACGGCGGUCGAGGGCGGAACAGUAACACUGACCUGCAAAGUGGAUCAGAAUGACAACACCUCCCUCCAGUGGUCGAAUCCCGCUCAGCAGACCCUGUACUUCGACGACAAGAAAGCCCUUAGGGACAACCGGAUCGAGCUGGUGCGUUCCUCCUGGCAGGAGCUCAGCAUCAACAUCAGUGAGGUGGCUCUGUCAGACGAGGGCCAGUACACUUGCUCUCUCUUCACCAUGCCCGUCAAGACCUCCAAAGCCUUCCUCACUGUGCUGGGGGUUCCACAGACGCCGGUGAUAAGUGGCUUCAAAGGACCAUUUAAUGAAGGGGACCUGGUGGAGCUGACCUGCAGCACGUCCGGCAGCAAACCCGCGGCUGACAUCCGGUGGUUCAAGGACGAGAAGGAGAUGAAAGACAUCCCGUCCAUUAAGGAGUCAAACGGGAAGACCUUCACGGUGAGCAGUAAGAUGGGGCUGCGUGUGGAUCGCAAUGAUGACGGUGUGGCUGUCAGCUGUACCGUGGACCACGUGUCUCUCAAGGCCUCACCCCAGGUUGCCACCCAAGUGCUCAACAUCCAGUAUAUGCCCUCUGUGAAGAUUGACUUCUCCAGGAACUUUGCUCGGGAAGGAGAUGAGUUGAGGUUGGAGUGCCGCGUCACUGGGAACCCGACGCCCGAGGCGGUGAAGUGGAAGAAGGACGGUGCGGAGCUGCCCGAUCCUGACAGGAUGGUGGUGGAGGGCAACAUGCUGAUCAUCAGCGCCCUCAACAAGACUGACAACGGCACCUACUACUGCGAGGCCAGCAACCUGCUGGGGGAGAACACAGCCGAGUACAUUCUCUUCGUGUAUGAUGCCCUCAGUUCUGCUCCGCCUCCCACCACGGCCUCCCCCUCCCUGCCCAUUGCCACGGUCACAGCCCCCGCUAACCUAGCCAGCCGUGCCAGCGUAGGGGCAGCAGUGACCCGCGCACGAGCCUUGACGACAUCCACACCUGUAACCACCAUUGCGAAAGAUCCCAGUGCCCUGGCUGGCCAGACUGGAACUGACCAUGCCAUGAUCGGUGGAGUGGUUGCUGUCGUGGUCUUCGUCACCCUCUGCUUGAUUAUCGUGCUCGGUCGCUACCUGGCCAGACAUAAAGGAACAUACCUGACCAACGAAGCCAAGGGAGCGGAGGAUGCCCCGGACGCAGACACAGCGAUCAUCAACGCGGAGGGAAGCCAGGCCAACGCCGACGAGAAGAAGGAAUAUUUCAUUUAAUCCCCAUUUGCCCAGAGAACAACCCAACUGCUGUUAGAGAAUGGCUCAGAUCUGGACUCUCACCCACCGGCUACCCCUCCCCACUGUGUGUAUGUGUGUGUGUGUGAGUCACUGAGACCCACCCCCCACCUCCCGUGACUGCUCUGUAAUUACCAUCCCCACCCAGACAACUUCACCCUGGACAAUAACUUGCUUUUUUUUAUGUACUUUGACUCUUAGACGGUGCAUGGAUCUCUUUCCUUCACUUUUCACAUGGAGCUUAUCAGGCGCUAAGCCACGUACUAACAGGCUGCACAACACCCCCCCC